AUGGCUACGCUAGGCGACACGCCACAUGGAGGUCGGCUUGCGCUUAUGCAUACCAAAAUUUUUGAGAAGGGGCCUGUGUUCUCUCCUUACAGCAGUGCAUCAAGCUUGAUGGAGCACGAGAAUGACGUCGUUGGUUUUUGCGAUCACCAGAAAAUGUGCGGCACGAAUGUCAAAGUACGUCAACUGAGCGGGCGUAGAUUACAGACCAAUUUGGUUUAUCGAAGUGGUCGAGGGCACAUUGACGAGCCACAUGUUGAUCACCGUGUGCAGAAAGACGGCGAAUGCGGGGCCAGCACCAUUUGCCGAACCAGCCAGGAGAGCAACCAUGUGCGAACUUUUGACAGGUGCGGUUCAAUUAAUGCUAACAAGGAACGACCUCGACACAAAGCUGUGCAGCACACUGCUUUAGACCGCACUUGGCCGAUGCAUUUCGGCAGCAGCUUGGGUAGAGGGAACAAAGAAAUAAAUAGAAAUUAG